AUGGAAAAGGGGACACAGGGAAAACCAGGGACACAAGGGGACAUAAGAGGACACAAGGGGACACAAGGGACACAAGAAAACACAAGGGACACAGGAAGACACAAAGAGACACAGAGGACACAAGGGGACACGGGGAACACAAGGGACACAGGUGUGACAUAAGGGGCACAAGGGACACAAGGGAACAAAGGGGACAUUGGAGACACAAGGGGCACAAGGGGACGCAUGGAACACAGGGGACAAAGGAGAGACAGGAGACACAAGGGACACAAAGAAACACAGGGGACACAGGAGACACAAGGGGACACAUGGAACACAGGGGACACAAGGAGAGACAGGGGACACAAGGGACACAAGGGAAACUAGGGGACACAGAGGACACAAGUGGACACGGGGGACACAAGGGACACAGGGCACACAAUGUAAGCAGGAACAAGGGACACAGGGAAUACAGGGGACACAAGGGGACACAAGGGACACAGGGGGACACAACGGGACACAAAUUAAAGGGACACAAGAGACACAGGGGACACAAGGGGAAACAGGGGACACACAGGACACAAGGGGACACGGGGGACACAAGGGACACAGGGAACACAGAGGACACAAGGGGAUACAGGGGACACAAGGGACACAAGGGAAACAAGGGACACAGGGGAACACAGGGGACA